AUGUAUCUGUCGACUACUUCCCUCGCACACUGGUGUCUUUUUGCCCUAUCGGCGACAGCUCUUCCCAACGCCGUAAAUCAUGCGUCUCCUCCCAUCUCCAUUCAGAUGGCCCAGUCGAUCAUCUCCCGGAGCCAGGGUAUCCUGAUCAGCCAGACCGACUCCUCUGCCCUGUUGCAGGCUGGAUUUACGCAGAAGACGUUCCACGAGAUCCUCUCCAUUUAUGCAAAUAGUUCCUUGGCCCCAGCACUCAACGCCUAUAUUACUAAGAGCGCCGACUCUGUGGUUCCUGUCGUCUCUAACGCAACGCGCGACACGAAAUACCCGUUGGACCGUCUGAGCAGCGGAAACGGUCUACUGCGAUUAUGGCAGGAAACCGGGGAUGAAAAGUACAAAACAGCAUUCGAAGCAUUGAGAAAGAGUGUGGAUUUGCAGCCUAGAAAUGACCAAGGCGGGUUAUGGUAUUAUGUCUACCCGUACUGGAGUUACCUGGAUGGCAUGUUUAGUUUGACUCCGUUCCUCGCCGCAUACACAAACGGUGUUGGUAGCUCUUCCAUAACUGAAGAUACGUUAGAAGACAUGGUCUUCCAGCUCGAUCUGCUAUGGCAGCGCUGCUACUCGCAAGAAACCGGUCUCCUAGUACACGGUUACGAUGCCAGUCUCACAGCAGUCUGGGCCAACAGCGCUACAGGCGCCAGCCCGCACGUGUGGGGACGCAGUCUGGGAUGGUACUGUAUGGCACUCAUCGAUACGCUCGAAUUGCUCCCCGCGAAUGCAAGCCACGCACGCCAGUACAUCGGAUCUCGGUUCCAACAACUCAUGCCCGCUAUCGUGGCAGCCGCAGACGGAAAGACUGGGGCGUGGUGGAAUGUAAUGGACCGACCUGGCGAAGCAGGCAACUACUUGGAGAGUAGUGCGAGCAGUAUGUUUGUGUACUCUUUGCUCAAAGGUGUAAGAUUGGGGGCUCUAUCCACGGAUGCAGCAUGGAAUGGCACCGCUCCAUACAGCGGCGGCCAAAGUGCGUAUGUGGAUGUGGCGAAGAAAGCGUACAAGUAUGUCGCCGAUACAUUCAUCGUCCAUAAUGAGAACGGGACGCUAGGCUGGAACGGCACGGUUGGGGUAUGCAGUCUGAACUCGACGGCUAGCUAUGAGGUGAGUGGUGGUAUAAGUAUUAGUGAGUGCCAGUGCUAA